AUGAUGAAGAUGGCCAUGCACGCCUACAUUCUCGGCCAGCUGGUCUCCUCGGCUUGGGCAAUCCUGGUUGCGCCGGACUCGCCUUGCGCGAAGAACUGCGGCAAUGUUCUUCAGACAACGACGGGCGCAGAUAUGCAAUGCAACGAGAACAGCUUCACGAGUACUGCUGCCGGUGUUGUAUUCCAGACCUGCACAACCUGCGAGUUGACAAGCACAUACUCGAGCCAAGGCCAGACGGACCUGCAAUGGAUGCUGUAUAACCUCCGCUACUCUAUAUCAUGGUGUCUCUUUGGCUUCCCAGAUAACAAGGAUGUCAACAGCUCUCCAUGCAUGACGAGUACUGCCUGCGGUCCUCUCCGAGAUGCAUUCCAGUGGAACAAUCUUACAAAGUCCGGGGGAGGAUACGACUAUUGUCAAGUAUGGGAUGAAAUACAGGUUCCGAAGUGUACAGCUUGUCUGAGAGCUGGCAACGACUUUCUUGCAAACUAUAUGACGAUACUCGACGCGGCAUGCAUGCAGAAGCCCGAAGUCGGAAGUACCAUCUCGGUUGACGGCACUCCAUUCUCCACGGUGCCGAUGAAUAUCACGACGCCGACACCAACCUCCCUUUCGCAGUUCAAAUAUGACAGCGGCCCGCUUUCCUUGGGCGCCAAGGUUGGCAUCGCCGUGGGCGGGAUCGUCCUCAUACUUGCUCUUGCCGGCUGCGGUGUUGUUUGCAAUGGGAAGCGUCGGCGCAAGGCUUUUCUUCGACGACUCGAGCAACGCCAUGGCGCCCAAGGCUGGCCUCAUCCGCAGCAGAAUACGGACAUGUUUGAGACCCCCGUCUCUCAGAAGCCCCUCCGAGGAUGGGAGGAAUCUCCUGUGUCCGCCCAGACCGAGUCGACGGAGAAGCCCUACACACGGUACUUCUCACCAUACAGUAGCCAGUACAACAGCCCGGUUAGCGCCGUUGAAGCGUCCAGCAUGCAGUGGCCUGCUGGCGCAUGGCCAAGCACUCAAGAGGAGAAGCUAGCUCAGAUUGCACACGAGCAACAGCAGCAGUCCACGCGCUCUCCCACGGAGAUACAGAUCGGCCUCGCCCUGGGCGGCGAUGACCCGAGCAUCCGGUCCAAGCCCUCGAACCAGAGCAUCCAGUCACAGGGCUACGCACAGGGCUACACACAGGGCUACGAAGCCAGCGACUCCAAGGGCAAGGAUAGGGGAGAGGAGUAUGAGCUCUAUGAGGUGCCUCCUCCGCCUCCACACCCGCCAGUCUUGCAGCAUCCUGGCUAUGGGCGGUAUCACAACGGCCAACAAGCGCGCUAUGACUAUGGGGGGCUGACCGAGGAUGAUGCUAGACGGGGACAUGCCGUGUGA